AUGGCAGACCCUGUUAGCAUCACAGCCUCGCUGCUCGCAAUCACAACAGCCGCCAUCCAGUCCACAAAGUCGCUGUACGAAGCUGUGAGACGGUAUCGAGGUCGGGACAAGACUUUACAGAGACUGCAAAGCGAACUCGAAGACGUGAUCAAAAUCUUGCAAUCGUUGAAUGUUGCAAUCGCUACAGAGGAGUCUAUCCUUGCGCUUCUCAAAGGCCCCGUUCAACGGUGCAGCCAAAUAUGCCACGAGUUCAAAUUGUCGAUGGAGAAAUUUGACAGAACAUCGAAGAUGAGUGUCUUAGAUUGGGCAAGAAUGGAAUUCAUGAGAGGGGACAUCAAUGAGUUCAUCCAAACUCUUGCAGGUUAUAAGUCGACUAUCUCAGUCGGGUUAGGUACUAUAACUAUGCAUACAUCCAAAGUCACCCAAAGUGAUUUGGAGCUUCACCUACAGCGGAUUGACGAGAAGAUGACGCAGCUGACUACGGACCACAAAACAAAUCAUGCUAUGGGCGUGAAUCUGAACGACGAGAAAGAGGUUACCAGGCAAUGCCUUAAUGUGUGCGAGGAAGCCAGAACAUACCUGCAAAAUUUGUCGACUGGAACGGCCUCUCUGCUACACGAAGCACCCCGAGAUGCAGGUCAAGAUCAUUUCUACGAAGCACAGGUACAGACGCGCCAAGCUUUGAACGAGACCCAAGACAGACUUGCACAAACAUCCAGCGACCUAUCGCGACGGCUGCAUGCCCUUGUAUCUGACCCUGCUUCUGAGCACAGCGAGGAGAGAAUGAAGUUACAGUCAGAUAUCGAAAUCUCCAAACAAUGUUUGGGUGUGUGCAACGCAGCAAGCGAGGUCUCGCGUCAGAAAAUCUACAGGGUCGGAGAAGUUAUUGCCGAUGGCGGCAGCGAUCAGGUGGUGGCGACUACUUUGGCGGACCUCUUCGAUGUCGGAAAGGCCGUGUCCAAAAACAACUCGGCGCAGCUGGUCGCAUAUUUGACAGAUGAGGGUUUACGGCAUUUGACUGAGAAGCGAUACAGCAGCCGCUUCGGAGCCGUGGCCAACAUUUCCGAUUCUGUUGAGGUUAGCAACACCGGCCCGCAAUCAAACUCUGAGCUUGGUCCGGCAAAGCGUGCUUCUCCUCGAGCCACCCAUAGUGAGCAUUCCACAGGCCUGAAUCCAGAGAAGAGCAAACCGUCUUCCAAUGAGAUGAAGAAACGAAGUCGACUAGUAACACACUCCGUAGCAUCGGUAGACACUUCGGUAUCUUCUCCAACAGAGUGA